AAAAAUCAUAUUCUCAACCACAGCGUCACAUACCAAUCCAAAAAAGAUGAUGUUGAGAAUAGUAGUUUUAGUUCUUAUUAUUGUUUGUGCUGAUUUGGCUAAGGGUGAAUCAAAAGUGCCAUGUUACUUCAUUUUCGGCGAUUCAUUGUCCGAUGUUGGCAAUAAUAACGAUCUUAGAACACUAGCUAAAACAAAUUACCCUCCUUAUGGGGUUGACUUUCCUGGCGGAAUUGCUACCGGAAGGUUUAGCAACAAUCGCACUAUUGAAGAUUUUAUCACUACUUUUCUGGGAUUCAAUAAGUCUAUAGCACCGUAUAGCGCUCAAAUAAAUGAAGACAUAUUGAGAGGUGUUAAUUUCGCAUCUGGUGCUGCUGGAAUUCUCUCAAAUAGUGGAUCACAAUUGGGUGAUCGGGUGUGGAUGGAUAAACAAAUCCGAAAUUAUCUGAUUACUACUUCAAAGCUUGUAUUGAAGGUUCGAGGCCAUGUUUCAGACUACUUGAACAAGUGUUUGUACACUGUGAAUAUUGGUAGCAACGAUUACAUUAAUAAUUACUUCAUGCCAGAAAAUUAUCCGUCAAAGAGGCUGUACACACCUGAGCAGUUUGCUAAUCUACUUAUUGUUCGAUUUAGAUCUCAAUUACAGGCACUGUAUAAUACCGGUGCUAGAAAGGUAGCAGUAUUUGGACUUGGUCUAAUAGGUUGCACUCCAGCUCAAAUUGCUAUGAGGAAUGCAACUCAAUGUAUAGAUGAAAUCAACCAAGCUGCGAAUCUUUUUAAUGAGAAGCUUCCUUCUCUAAUUGAUGAUUUCAAUAGGCUUCCUAUGGCCAAGUUUACUUUAAUUAGUCUCACUGCCAUGCAAGCCUUAAAUCCUCUUCCUCCGGGUAUAAUUACGACUUCUACAUGUUGCCAACUGAGGAGUGAUUUCCAAUGUGAGCCGUUCACUCCACCAUGCGCGAAUAGGAACAUAUAUGCAUUCUUCGACGGAUAUCAUCCAACUGAUGUUGUCAAUGGAGGAGUAGCAGAAUCUGCAUACAACACUCCAAACCGCAUGAUUGCUAAUCCGAUGAAUAUCAAUGAAUUAUCUAGCAGUUAAUUAGCUUAAUGCAAUCAUUUACACUUUGAAACUAAUAUUUGCUUCUCCAUAUUUCUAAUUAUGAAGGUCAAAGUGUAUAUUUGUUAUCUCUCCUUUUACAUAAGUUUUAAUCUUGAUGUUGCUAAUAAAUUUUACCAUAUGAUAAUAAUGGUAAACUUGUUGAUCUAUUAGUUUGUACCUCUUCAUGUUGAAAAUAAAUUUGGCCAUAUGAUAAAUGCUUUUUAAUUUAA